GAAGCUUAGUAAAAUAUGUUAAAAUUAGUGCAAUACGUAACUCGUAAAUCGUGCGAAUCUGCAGUGUUUCCCGCCUGCAGUUGGCGCAAUUUAUUGAUUUCACCACGGAACGUGGAAAAAUGUAUAACGCAAAGUCGCCAUUUUCUUUUUUGUUCGACCAACAGAACAACCAGCAGCAGUCGUGCUUUGCUCUGCAGAGAACACCCACAGCAGUUCCAAGGGAGCCCGUCCAGCCAGGAGUCAACAGUACCCACAUCCAGAGUAUCAUCUAGUUGCUCCCAGCAGGCACAGCGUGCGUUUCAUAUAUCGUCAACUCGAUACGAAACAUCCAGAUCAGUCGACGAAGCACUCCCAGCAGACAAGCCAACUACUGAUUUGUCCAGACGUUCGAGGAAAUCGCUUUUUAUUGAUCCAGACGAACAAUCCGAGGAAAUCAAAAUUGAAGGAAUAAUGGCACCUCACGAUCGCGAUUUUGGAUCCGGACCACGUGGUGGACGCGACCGCGAUGAGGACCGACGUGGUGGCGGCGGUGGAUCACGUUUUGGUGGUGGCGGUGGCGACUAUCACGGCGUGCGCAAUGGUCGCAUUGAGAAGCGUCGUGAUGAUAGAGGCGGCGGAUCGCGUUUUGGCGGCGGAGGUGGAGGCGGCGGCUUCGGCGGUGAUCGUCGCGGUGGCGGCAGCCAAGACUUGCCCAUGCGCCCAGUGGACUUCUCCAAUUUGACACCGUUCAAGAAGAACUUCUACCAGGAGCAUCCCACGGUGGCCAAUCGGUCGCCCUAUGAGGUGCAGCGAUAUCGCGACGAGCAAGAGAUCACAGUGCGCGGUCAGGCAGCCAACCCCAUACAGGACUUCUCGGAGGCCUAUUUGCCCGACUAUGUUUUGAAAGAGAUUCGCCGCCAGGGCUACAAAGCGCCCACGCCAAUUCAGGCCCAGGGCUGGCCGAUUGCGAUGAGCGGCGCCAACUUUGUCGGCAUUGCCAAGACAGGCUCGGGCAAGACGCUCGGCUACAUUCUACCAGCCAUUGUACACAUCAACAACCAGCAGCCACUGCAGCGCGGUGAUGGUCCCAUUGCCUUGGUGCUGGCGCCUACCCGUGAGCUGGCUCAACAGAUUCAGCAGGUGGCCACCGAGUUCGGUUCGUCCUCCUACGUGCGCAACACAUGCGUCUUUGGCGGCGCACCGAAGGGAGGGCAAAUGCGUGAUCUCCAGCGUGGUUGUGAGAUCGUUAUUGCUACGCCCGGCCGUCUCAUUGAUUUCCUCUCGGCGGGCGCUACCAAUCUGAAGCGUUGCACCUACUUGGUGCUUGACGAAGCCGAUCGCAUGUUGGACAUGGGCUUCGAGCCCCAGAUUCGCAAAAUUGUCUCACAGAUUCGUCCCGACCGGCAAACGCUCAUGUGGAGCGCCACCUGGCCCAAAGAGGUGAAACAGUUGGCAGAAGACUUCCUCGGCAACUACAUACAAAUCAAUAUUGGUUCCCUGGAGCUCUCGGCCAACCACAACAUUCGCCAAGUGGUAGAUGUAUGCGACGAAUUCAGCAAGGAAGACAAACUCAAGAGCCUACUGUCCGACAUAUAUGACACCAGCGAGAACCCCGGCAAGAUAAUUAUCUUUGUGGAGACCAAGCGUCGUGUGGAUAAUCUGGUGCGUUUCAUACGCAGCUUUGGAGUGCGCUGCGGCGCUAUCCACGGCGACAAGUCGCAGUCGGAGCGUGACUUUGUUCUGCGCGAGUUCCGCUCGGGCAAGUCCAACAUUCUGGUGGCCACUGAUGUGGCGGCCCGUGGCUUGGACGUCGAUGGCAUCAAAUAUGUCAUCAACUUUGACUAUCCACAAAACAGUGAGGAUUAUAUUCAUCGUAUUGGACGCACAGGACGCUCCAAUACCAAGGGCACGUCCUUUGCCUUCUUUACGAAAAACAAUGCCAAACAGGCCAAGGCGUUAGUCGAUGUGCUGAGAGAAGCUAAUCAAGAAAUAAAUCCCGCUCUAGAGAACAUGGCCCGCAACUCGCGUUACGACGGUGGCGGCGGACGCUCCCGUUAUGGCGGCGGUGGCGGCGGCGGCCGAUUUGGAGGUGGCGGAUUCAAGAAGGGCAGCAUUAGCAAUGGUCGCGGCUUUGGCGGCGGUGGUGGCGGUGACGGAGGCUUUGGCAACAGGAACGGCGGCGACGGCGGAGGCCGACACACGCGCUUCGAUUAAGCUAAAUACAGCAACUAACUAAUAUUUAGCAUCAGUUGAUUUGAAUAGCAAAUGAGAAGCAGUAGCCCCUAGAACUUAAGUUUAAUUUAAGUAAUAGCUACAAAUUAAGUUUUCGUACAACUCCCCCCUCAAUUCUUAUUAGAUUUUGUGGAAAAACAGCGGAUAACCCACGGCGUAGAGGGGUUAGAUGUUUGUGUAUUCAUGUAACUCAUAACCACAACAGCAAAUCACAACAUAGCAUUUUAUGUUAGCAACUUGUAAAUUAUUUGACGCUUCAGCCCCACACAAGAACACUAUUUACGAAAUUGCAAAACCAUUUUUUAAAAUAUGUGAUAAAAACUUUUAAUUUAAUUCAAUAUAUCACUUAUUAAACAAAACGAAAAACUAAUACUAAAACGAAGCGCGUCGUGUGUAAGGCAAA